UCUGUGGGGAGGUGCGUAGGGGUGUGCAAGCGUGUGUUUGCACGGCGGUGUGUGUGUGUGGUGUGCAGGUGUUAGCCUGUGUGUGUGUGUGUACAGCUUGCUUGCACAGGUGUGUACGUGUGCGUGUGUCACACCAGCGUGAGCGUGCAUGCAUUUGCACAGCUGCAUGUGUGCACGCACGUGUGUGUGUGCGCAACACCCAACACACCCCAGUAUCUCACCCCCCCCCACCCCAUGCACACGUGUGUGCACCACCCGUGUGCGUGCACGCGCCCUGCCACCCCCGGGCCUGGCCCGUGUCCCAGCACCGCCGCUGAGGAGUGAAGGUGGGGGGGGACCACGCCUGCCCCCGGGACCCUGCUCUGUGCCCCCCUCAGCUGUGAGCUGCCGUGGCCAUAGGGAGCCCUGGCUAUAAGGUGCCGUGACUAUAAGGUGCUGUGGCUUUAAGCUGCGGCGGCUGUAAGCUGCUGCAGCUCGAAGGCGGCGUGGCUAUAAUCUCCAUAAGCUGCCGUGUCUAUAAGCUCCCGGGCUAUAAGGUUCCGGGGCUGCACGGUGCGGGGCUGGACGGUGCGGUGUCUCUAAGGUGCUGUGUGUGGCGGCAGCCAUGUGGGCCACGCUGCUGCUGCUGCUGGCCCUGGGCACGCUGGCGCUGGGGCUGGUGGCCCACCGGCUCUUAGCCCCAGCCGGCAACCCCUUUGCCCGGCCACCCCCGGGGCCACCCCGUCCGCUGGUGACGGACACACGCGCUCGCGACAAGGUCCUCAAACGGGGGUUCAGCGCCCAGCGGGUGCCGGCGCAGCUGGACGCGGUGGUCAUCGGCAGCGGCAUCGGGGGCCUGGCGGCGGCGGGGACCCUGGCCAAGGUGGGCAAGAGGGUGCUGGUGCUGGAGCAGCACGACCAGGCAGGGGGGUGCUGCCACACCUUCCAGGAGCACGGCAUCGAGUUCGACGUGGGCAUCCACUACGUGGGGCAGAUGCACGAGGGCAGCAUGCUGCGUGUGGCGCUGGACCAGCUGACGGACGGGCAGCUCUGCUGGCAGCGCCUGCCCGACCCCUACGACGAGGUGUCCCUGGGUCCCCGGCGCUACCAGCUCCGUGCUGGCAAGGUGGCCUUCGCCACCGCCCUGGAGGAGCAGUUCCCUACCGAGAAGGCAGCCAUCAAGGAGUUCAUGAGGCUCUCCAAGAUGGCCUCCCGACACGUGGCGCUGCUGGCCGUGCUGAAGAUGGUGCCGCGGUGGCUGGCCACCUUCCUGGUCCGCACCAGCCUCAUCUACUGGAUCUCGCCCGUCUUCCGCAUGGCGGCCACCAGCCACAGCGAGGCUGUGGCCCGGCUGACAGGCGACCGUGACCUGCGUGCCCUGCUCAGCUACCUCUUCUACGGCACGGCCCCACAGGACUCCAGCUUCAUGGUGAACGUGCUGAUGGUGCACCACUACCAGCGGGGGGCCUGGUACCCGCGGGGGGGGGCCAGCGAGAUCGCCUUCCACAUCGCGCCCCUCAUCGAGCGCGCGGGGGGGGCCGUGCUGGUGCGCGCCCCCGUCACCCGCAUCCUCGUCUCCUCCGCCGGCACCGCUGUGGGGGUGGUGGUGCAGAAGGGGCCGAGCGAGGAGGAGGUGGAGAUCUUCGCCCCCCUCGUCAUCUCCGACGCCGGCGUCUUCAACACCUUCAGCAAGCUGCUGCCCCCCCAGCUCCGCAGCCACCCAGGCGUCUGCUCCCGCCUGGCCAUGGUGCAUCACGGCAUGGGCUCCUUCCUGGUGUUUGUGGGGCUGCGGGGCAGCGCGGCUGAGCUGGCCCUGCCGGCCACCAACUUCUGGAUCUACCCCCACAACGACCUGGAUGGCAUGAUGACCCACUACGCCUCCCUGAGCCGCGAUGAUGUCCCCGACAACCUGGCCAUGAUGUUCAUCACCUUCCCCGCUGCCAAGGACCCCACCUAUGAGCAGCGGCACCCAGGCCGGUCGUGCAUGACCAUCCUGACCAUGGCGCGGUACGAGUGGUUCGAGGAGUGGGCUGGGACCCGCGCCAAGCACCGUGGCCCCGAUUACCAGCAGUACAAACUGGCCAUCGCCCAGCGGCUGCUGGAGCGGGCACUGCAGCGCUUCCCCCACCUCCGCGACAAGGUGGAGUUCGUGGAGGCGGCGUCGCCGCUCACCAACCAGCACUACCUGGCGGCUCCCCGCGGGGAGAUGUACGGCACCGAGCACGACGUCGCCCGCUUCAGCCCGGCCGUGGUGGCCGCCAUGAGAGCCGACACGCCCGUGAAGAACCUCUACCUGACGGGGCAGGACGUGUUCAGCUGCGGGCUGGCGGGGGCCCUGCACGGGGGGCUGCUGUGUGCCUCCGCCAUCCUGGGCCGCCUGCUCUACCUGGACCUGCUGCUCCUCAAGAAGAAGAUCAAGAGGCGCCGGGGCCGGCAAGCGGCGUGAGCGGACGGGGAUGUCCCCGAGCUGGGGAGCGUGGUGCCCACUCAAU